AUGGCAGAGGAUGCGAUAAAGUACAGAACAAAGAUACUUGGGCGGACGUACGAGGAAAGUAUUGCUGCCAUCGAGAUGGUAGGCCAAGUGUGUGGCCUAAGAGGUCAAUGGAGCCAAGCGGAGGAGCGUCUUGUGGAAGUGAUGGAAGCUCGCAAGCAGAAACUCGGGGCGGAUCAUCCUCCCACGCUGACCAGCAUGGCCAACCUGGCGUCGACGUAUGGGAAUCAAGGCCGAUGGGAGGAAGCGGAGAAGCUGUUGGUGGAAGUGAUGGAGACGAGCUACUCUGAUGAGUCUUUUCCUCUUCAGUUCCUGCUCCUCUGCAGGUCGUCCUGUGUCGGUCUCCACUGGAUCCCCAUGGCGAUGCAGCGGGCGGACAUGCGCGGGAAAAACAACUUUGAUGGCAGCUGUCUCGUGGAUGUUGCCGAGUCGCUCUGCUGUGGGUGCUGCUCUCUCGUACAGCAGGAGAAGGAGGCGACGCACCGUGAGCCCCUUCUCAGCACUGGCGGCGACGCAUAG